UCUUCCAGAGCUGGUUCACUUCCGAAAGGGAACUGAAAACCAAGUGAGGAGAUGAAGGAUUACUCCGUACUAUGCCAGAGAAUACACGGAGGAUAGACACUGCAGGUAGAUCCUGAUCAUUACCCAAGGAACAACUACAUAAUUGUGGGAAGACAUCCAGAUACUUCACAGCACUGGUCAACACAGAGAAGGUAGCACAGUGAAACCAUUAUCUUGAAACUGGUCAGGUCAGGGGUGCUUUGACAUAUCAUCAGAUCUGAAACUGGUCAGUGGUGUGGGGUGUUCCAUCAGAAGCAGCCUUUCUGAAUGUUUGGCUGUGGAUGAUUCGUCAAGAUGAGGUUGAGAAGAAGUGUGACUGUCUCCAAGUGUGGUGAGAGCUUCAAUCAUUCAUUGAACCUCAUGAACACUGACUCAUUCCUAUAGGAGAGGGACUGUUCAAGUGUGAGGUAUGUGAAGAGGGUUCCACAGUCUUUGUGGAUACAAGUUCAUAAGUGUGAACACAAGAUCAGCAUCAUGGAAGAGAAAACCUUCAAGUGUGAGGUGUGUAGCCGAGCCUUUGCACACUCAUCAACGCUGGUGAAUCACAGACGCAUUCACACUGGUGAGAGGCCAUUCACAUGUGAGGUGUGUAACCAGGGAUUUGCACAGUCCUCAGGCCUGGUGAAACAUCGGCGCAUUCAUACAGGGGAGAAACCAUUCACGUGCAACGUGUGUGACAAAUCAUUCUCGCAGUCAUCGAAUCUUCGUGUGCACCAACACAUUCACAGUGGGGAGAAACCGUUUAUGUGUGAGGUGUGUAACAAGUCAUUCUCUCGGUCAUCACCCUUCCUCCUACACCAGUACAUUCACACUGGAGAGAAACCAUUCGUGUGCAGAGUGUGUGACAAGUCAUUCCUGUCAUCCUCAGAUCUCCGCAUACAUCGACGCAGUCACACGGGAGAGAAGCCGUUCACAUGCGAGGUGUGUGAGAAAGCAUUCUCAUCAUCAUCAGAUCUCCGCAAGCACCAACGGGUUCACACUGGACUGAAAACUUUUACCUGUGAGGUGUGUGAUAAAUCCUUCUUGGAGUCAUCGAACCUCCGCAAACAUCAACGAAUCCACAGAGGGGAGAAACCAUUCAAGUGUAAGAUUCCCAACAUCUUCAGAAUUUUGGUCCCUUAGUAAUGACCGAAAAGUGGAUGGACUCGAACCACGUCUGUGUAGUGACUGAAAUCUUCAUUCAGAGUUUUCGACCAUUCAGCACAUUCCCUCGUCUCUCAACUUGCUGUUUUGAAACUGGAUGGCUUGGCCUCUGCCCCGGAAGUAAUAAAAAAAAACUUUGCAUUCAAGGAAAGAAUUAAGCGUCAGUCCCAGCAAACGUCAUGCACGUAGUUGAUCGAAUUGCUGCAUUAUUAAAAUAUUAACACAAGGAGCCUGAGCUUAAAACAUGCAGAAAUUGCAUUGAAUGUUUUUCUGUAUUGAAGGAUUACCUCUGAUCAAAUCAGCCCAUAACUGAUUUGUGUCCUUGAAUCAAAUUGGAACUGUAAUAUCUGUGAGAUAUUAUUUAAAGUGCACAAAGCAAGAAAAAUGAAUCUCUCCUCACUGAUUGUCUGUCAUCUGGUGAACAGUGCCAGACAUGUCUACUAUUCGUUUCUUGCCUUCACUGUAGCAGCUUUCUUAACAACAUGUCUCAAAUCUGCAGCGGCAACCAGAACAAUUUUUCCUCUUCACACGGAAUAUCAUUGUACACUUUCUUCCACACGCUCUUCACAGUGCUAUUUCUGAACACAGCAUCCUCUAAUCGAAAGAUCUUUCACUCUUUCCUCCUGUCUCUUAAUUUCUCCUUCAUUCAUCCCAAUAACUUCACUCUGCAUACACAUUAAAACCAAAGAAAAACGUGAACAGUAUCAGAACAUGUUAUUGCCACUGUGAUUACACAAUGUUGAAUCCAAAAUAUGAUUUAACAUUCAGUCUCUGUUUUAGAUUUUUACAUUCGCUCCAAAUGCCUUCCAAAUUCAUCAAAGCCCUUAAAAUUUCUUGCUUUUGAACGCUUUAUUUUAUUUCUGCUCAACUAAACUGUAACAUAAUGAAGCCCAAACCGUUUGCUUGACAUAUUGGUCUUUGCUGAUUGGAUGGCCUCCCUGAAGGAACUCUACAGUACAAUCCCUGCUACAAUCUACAAGCAUACGCUUUAAACACUCAUCUACAUUUUUAAUAAGUCAAGAUGUUUCCAAGCAUUCAAGGGAAGUAUUGUAGUCCCAUAAACAGAAUGGGAGGGACACUGAAAACUGUUAUCUCCUGGAUGAAGAAGUGAAUAGAGGAUGAGACAAGGCAGACGAGACCUUAAUUAUGCAGAAAGACCUGAAGAGCAUACGCAUCUUAGGUGAGGAAUUAAAACGGGAAUUGGAAAACCAACAGAUGCCAUAAAAAAGGUCAGGAAGAUCGAGGGAUAUCAAAGACAUUUCAGCAAUACAUAAAGAGCAAGAGGACAGAGAGGAACAAACAGAGUUUAUUGGGCACCAAAAAAAUGCAAAUUCAUCUGAAGCGAAAUAGUUGUUCUUCAUGAAAGCUCUGCAGCUGUGCUCACUAAACUGUGUUGUGAUAAGUGUGACAAAAUAAAGGAAGAAGUUUAUGAA